AUGACGCACCAGCCACCACAGUUCCAGACCGCCAGCUCGUACGAGAUGGUCAUGGGCUUUGUGCACGCGGUGGACUGGUCUGAGCCGUGGCUGCUGGCGGUGGUGGGUGGCCACGUGGCGGUGGCACUCGCUGCGCUCACCUCGCGCAGCUCGCAAGUCGGACAAGCGAGCAUCUACGUCCUCGCACUCGGCAUCGUGUACAGCAUGGAGCGAAUCAACAAGUGGGCAGCCGACAACUGGGCCUCGUUUGCCUCGCAGAACUACUUUGAUGCCAACGGCGCCGGCUGGUCUGCUGUUCAAGGUUGGUAA